CCGCUCCGCCCCCGCCCCCGCCCCCGCCCCAGCGCGUCGCCGCCCCAAACCGCACCCAGGCGGGAAGGGAGCGGCACCUCGAGCCGGAUUCUCCCCCCAAACCGCGCCCGCGACGAGAGGGCCUCCUGCACCCCGCCGGUUCGGCCGCGCAUCCCGCCUGUCCAGAUCUCCGUCCCCGCGCCGAGGCAGGGAAAGGUGGAAGUUUCCUAGGGCUUGACCAAUAUUGAGCUUGAUAGCUGCUACUGCUGACGAAUAUCACAGAAUCAUGAAAGCUCCUCAGCAGCACCAUAAACCAACCGAUACAGAAGCAAAGGCCAAACUUGGUGUUAAUAAGAUGCACUGCCUGAAGCCAGGCAAAUAUACCCACAAAUCACCAGGUGAUUAUCUCAGUUUGACAAACUUGUCUGCUCAACCACCAAAUUAUUCUGGAAAGAUGAAGCUUCAGUUUUUCCCAAUAGAUGAGGCGAUUCAAAAUGUUCUACAGCAGGAGAAACACAAUCCUUACCUGGAGUUGACUUUGGCUCCUCGAAAGAAGAUGUCCUCAAUUGUGCAACACUUGAACACAAAAUGGGGUCGUUCUAGUUGUGCAAAAGGCGACCUCAUGCUCUUCCCAUACAGUGCUAGACCGGAUAGCAUAGCCAGCAGUAAAAAAUGGACUCUUAAUGAUUCUUGCACUGCUGCCGAUGUUUAUGUUGCUGUUGGCAGCCCUUCAACAUUCCGUUUAAGGUAUGGUUGGUUCAAGCCUAAUUUGAAGCAACAAAUCAGCGAAGCACCCUUGGCACCAGUGCUCUCUGCAGAAAAGACUUUGGGCGACAAACCUUCACAUCAUUUUGAAUUUGCAAGUAAAUUUGCCAGUCCAUCCGUUGAGUGUAACACGGAAAAGACCAUGGUGGAUAACAACCAAAGCAAAGCGACACCGCUUUCAUGGAUUGACAGCAUAUCCAAUAUCAGUUUUGGAGCACUGCUAUCGCAAGCCGUGCCCUCUCAAGACAGCAAACAACCGCCUUUGCAACAAAAUAGCUCGAUUUUCCAGCAGCAGAUUCCUGCCACGUGCGAUUCAUUCGAUGCUGCUAUUGCUUCCUUGAUUGCUCGCCAGCAAACAAGUAACCAACCGAAGGUGUCAAAUCCAUCCCUGUGGGAUGCAGAUGAAACCUGUCAUGCAUUCCCUCCUCCCCGGAAUCAAAAUUUAGCCAGGAUGUCCGCUUGUGGUCCUGGCAACAGUAGUGCUAUUACCUCAACUACCCUUGGUGCAAUUGCUGAAUCCGGUACAGGUGGCGACCAGCAACACUGGCUACCAGCGCUCUACCGAAGGCAGGAAAGAGGAACCAAGGCCCCCUCAGAUACCACCAGGCUUGGGCAAUAAUGAUAAUGUGAAGCCUGAUGUGUCACUGCAGAUGGGGCGUUUCACGACGCUAGGCUAUUGAGUGGAACUGGCAGUUUAGGGCUAAGCGGCUUGCUUAGCAAACAGCUUGGACGCGUUCUGGAAGUUCUGUGUUUCGUAAGGCUCGGAAGUUUUACAUGGAGGACCUGAUCCUAUAUAGAUCCUGUAAAGAUAGAUCAUCAUUUGGGUUUCCUGCUGCUUCGGUCGUAAUCGAUUACUUUGGGCUUACUGCAGCCGAUUGUGUAGAUAGAUAGUCAGUUACCGACAGGUGUUAGUCGCAUAAACUACUUUUUUUUUCUUUCUUACUGGCCGCCACUUGUGAUUUUUGAAUUUGUCCAUGAUCUGCUUGGCUGCUCGCCGUUUUCUCUGCAUCCUGUAUGCAUUCCACUGAAUGUUUGGCAAAUGUUUGAAACUUUGGCUUCAA